AUGUUAAUCGUAGACGUUCUUUGCAGGGCUUCGACGAGGAAAGCCUCGACUUCUGUUCCUGAGGGCGUUCCGGAGCAAGUGAUCGAGCUUGACUCUCCUCCUUCCUCGGACCAUGACGAGUCUUCCCAUCACGAUGAGAGUGCUUCUCAUCACGAUGAUGGUUUGAGGACUCCGGCGCGUGGUGGUUCGCCUUCUAAGGGGGACGAGUUCCUCACCCCUGGUGGCGGCGUUCCCUCCUCUGACCGGCGUGAUCGUGGUGGUUUCGAAGGAGGGGAAUCAUCUCGGCGUCCAGGUGAGAAUGAUGAGGCGGCGUCUCGUCACUCGGAGGCGGGUGGUUUUGCUCCUGGCUCGAACCUCGGUGCUGAGGGUGACGCCGGAAUUCCAAAGGAUGGUCCUGAGGGCUAUAAUCCUCACGCGUUCAAGACGUGGUGGAAUGGCGGGAGUCCUCUUAUGGAGGACCAGGAUGCUUGCGGAGGGGCGACUUGGAUGUCUAAAGUUCAUCCCGGCUUGGGGAUUCCGCGUGAGGAGCUCACCUUUAGGACCGAUUUCGACGAAGCUGCUCAACAUCAUAUUAUGUCUGGCGGGAAGUUCACCGCGUUGGUCCAGAAGUACGAGACGGCGCUUCGGGCAGCUAAGGACGAAGCCUUUGAUAAACUGGUGCUUGAGUCGAAGGUCGCGGCGCUGAACAGGGAGAUAGUGAAGACUCUCGGACUCCAGGAGGUAGCAGACAAGCUGAGGGCUCAAGUGAGUGAUCUGGAGGAGAAGGCGCGUCGGGAUGCAGAGGCUUCUGCUGCUGAGAUGGAGCGUCUCCGACGGUCUCGUCGAGAAUCGGUCGAGGCGGCUGUGACUCAGGUCUUCGACUCGGUGAAUGACUGGUAUGCUCCUCGUCUCCAUCGCUUGUCGGAGUUCGUCGCGCAGCGGGACAUGGUUGAAGCCGCUGUGGGGAGGAGGCAAGUCGACGAAGCUCUCCUCAACUUCGUGAAGAAGAUUCGGGGAGUGGAUCUGAACUUCGACGCGAUGGAGGAGAAGCUCGCGGCUAAGCUGGCGAAGAGCAUCGCGGAUGGGGAUGCGAUUGACGAAGUUGUUAUCGAUGAUGAUGACUUCGCUCCGCCUAACAGCCUUAAACGGCUGGUGCUGCCGGGAUCUCCUUCUCGUCGAGAUGGUGAUGGUGCGGAUCCGGGUGCGGGACCCUCUACUUCUGGGGCCAAGUCUGCUUAG